GACAGGUGCAGAGACAGCAUGUUGAAGACGGUGUUGGUGCUGCUGUUGGUUUGGACAUGGACGAGCUUAUCGAUGGUCAGGCUCCCUCUGAGGCGGGUGCGUUCGGUUCGUGCGAUGCUGCGAGCCGAAGGCGUGCUGCAUGAGUUCCUGAAGGACCACCACCCUGACACGUUUAGCCGGCGCUACGCUCAGUGUUACCCGCCCGGCACGCCAUCACUGCGCCUCGGACGCUACAGCGAGAAGAUCUACAACUACAUGGACGCUCAGUAUUAUGGUGAAAUCACUUUAGGGACUCCAGGGCAGAACUUCUCUGUAAUAUUUGACACCGGCUCAUCCGACCUCUGGGUGCCUUCAACCUACUGCGUCAGCCAGUCCUGUGCAUUGCACAGGCGCUUCAGGGCAUUUGAGUCCACUUCGUUUCAUCAUGAUGGUCGGAUGUUCGGGAUUAACUACGGAUCAGGACACCUGCUGGGCAUCAUGGCCAGAGACACACUGAAGGUCGGAGGUCUGACUGUUGUGAACCAGGAGUUUGGGGAGUCCGUCUACGAGCCUGGUGCCGCAUUUGUGAUGGCGAAAUUUGAUGGCGUUCUGGGAAUGGGUUAUCCAUCCCUGGCGGAGAUCCUUGGAAACCCUGUUUUUGACAACAUGAUGGCGCAGAAGAUCGUGGACGAGCCUGUCUUUUCCUUUUACCUGAACAGGAGAACAAGCAGCAGCAACCCAGAAGGCGAACUCUUGCUUGGCGGAACAGACGAAGCGUUGUACAGUGGACCUGUCAACUGGAUUCCUGUUACUUCUAAGGGAUACUGGCAGAUUAAGAUGGACAGUGUGGCGGUCCAGGGUAUGAGUUCGUUCUGUCCUCAAGGCUGCCAGGCGAUUGUCGAUACUGGAACCUCCCUCAUUGCAGGACCGACCAAUGACAUCCUCAGUCUUCAGCAGCUGAUUGGAGCUUCUCCCACAAACAUCGGAGAGUUCAUUAUUGACUGUGUGCGGCUGUCCAGUUUGCCUCAAGUGACAUUUGUUCUGGGAGGAAAAGAGUACACGCUGACUGCUGAGCAAUACGUUAGAAAGGAAAUGCUUGGCGACAGGGAGUUGUGUUUCAGCGGUUUCCAGGCCGUGGACAUUGUUACGACCGCAGGCCCCCUGUGGAUUCUGGGAGAUGUAUUUCUGACGGAGUUCUACAGCAUCUUUGACAGAGGACAGGACCGGGUUGGCUUUGCUCAUGCUAAACACUCAACUUAACUCUAAUCCAUCAGUUAUCAGAUGCUGAAAGC